AUAAUGUGAGAAAUAAUUUGAAGAAAAGUGCUUUUAGGCUAUAAAAAACAAACAAACCAAGUUACCUUACAUUCCACGUUUCUUCCUCCCAUAAACUCCAGUAUUUAUGCUCUUCUUUUCCUUUCUUUCUCUUUUCUCAUCACAAUUCUUUCACAACCACCACUUUCACUUUCUCUCAUCUUCAUCAUCUCCAUCAAUUCCUUCUCUUUUCUACAUCAUCACUAACAAACAUCUCUUUUCUCUUCAUUUUAACUGUUUUUUCCCUCUGUUUUUCCCUCUGUUUUUUUCUUCCUCUGUUCAUCACUUAAAAUCUUUGAUCUAAGGUUUUUGAAGCUGACCCUUUUGUUUACUUUGAUCAAAAUUUCAUCUUUUGAAUUGUGAGAAUAAAUAACACAAGAGAAUGGAAAACGUUCUGUUAUCAUGUAACAAAGAAGAUGAGAAGAUGGAUUUGCCUCCUGGUUUUCGAUUUCAUCCUAAUGAUGAAGAGCUUAUAAGUCAUUAUCUUUACAAAAAAGUUCUUGAUUCAAAUUUCUCUGCAAGAGCUAUUGGUGAUGUAGACCUCAACAAAUCUGAACCUUGGGAUUUACCAUGGAAAGCUAAAAUGGGAGAAAAAGAAUGGUACUUUUUCUGUGUGAGAGACAGAAAAUACCCAACUGGUUUAAGAACAAACAGAGCAACAGAACAAGGUUAUUGGAAAGCUACUGGGAAAGAUAAAGAGAUUUUCAAAGGAAAAUCUUUGGUUGGAAUGAAGAAAACUCUUGUUUUCUACAAAGGAAGAGCACCUAAAGGAGAAAAAAGUAAUUGGGUCAUGCAUGAAUAUCGACUUGAGGGUAAAUUCUCUGUUCAUAAUCUUCCCAAAUCUGCAAAGAACGAGUGGGUUAUAUGUAGGGUUUUUCAGAAGAGUUCAGCUGGUAAAAAAACACAUAUUUCUGGGAUAAUGAGGUUGGAUUCACUCGGUAACGAAUUGGGUUGUUCUGUUUUGCCACCCCUUACUGAUACGUCACGAUCUAUAGGAAAACUCAAACAAUCGAAUGAUUCGGCUUACGUGCCCUGCUUCUCCAAUUCAAUUGAUGUUCAAAGAAACCAAGGAGGGAUCUUUGAUUCAUUCAACAACUCAAUCUACGGUGUUUCAUCGAAUAAUCAACUCGAUAAUUUUUCAAGAAUUUUAGCUUCUAAUGCUGGUUCAUUAUACUCUAAUAAUAAUAAUAAUCAAUCUGCGGUUAAUUUGCAAUUUCCUGGUUCUGUUUGUGGUAUGCAAGAUCAAGCAAUUUUAAGAGCUUUGUAUGAAAACAAUGGUUUUAAGACUGAGAGACAAGUUUCACAUGAAACUGAUCUAACUACUGAUAUGAAUGGUGAAAGAUGUUCUUUUGAUAUUGGUAGAAGAGCUUAUGAAAAUAAUCAGAAUCGUCCACCACCUGCUUCUGUUGCAGCUGUUGAUUUUGAUGGUACUUUGUGGAAUUACUAAAUUUAAAUUGAGGAAGUACUUUUGAGAUAACAGAAAACAAGGUCAAUGAAGAAAGAAGCAUAUUAUGUUGUCUAUAAUAAUUAAUUAUGGGUUUUGUGUUGUGUCUAUUUUAUUUUGUAUAGAUUUAUGAUUUUGUCUUCAAAUAUGGUAUAGUGAAGAAGCAUUAAGCAUAUGUUAUGUUAUUUAGACAUGGAAGUGUAAGAAAUCUUGUAUAAUUAAGCUACUACUAUAGGCUUAUGCAUAGCAUAAGCAAGAUUAUUAUUAUUUUUUGUCAGCUUGGAUUGCAAAUAAUAUGAUUAAGUAAUGUAAUUUGUUGAUCUUGA